UCUGCGCUUACGGCAGUCUAGUAUUUAGGAUCAUAUCUUUUUCGUUCCACUCCUCUAUCGGUCUCCGAAGCCGCUGCUCCAACAAGAGUCAAAAGAUUCUUUCUCAAUUUUCAUUAGAGAUUUUGUAUCUUCUAAAUUUUCUUUAGUUGGUUCUUUUUCAGCAAGUUCACAAUCUACUAUUUUUAAUCUGUUCACACGGUUGUGUCCCUUUUCAUGUUGAUGAUGAAAUACGGUCUUGGUGGUCUGGAUCACUCGCCGAUCUUCCUGUUGUCAUUGUCCCUUGACUGCUAAUCUCUGGUUUAACGGGUAAGAGUUCGCAUAGUGAGUCUAACCUGGUUGAGUUUCUGCUUAUGUGCUUCUGAUUUCGGAUCCAAAUUUGGAGAUUCUGGUGGUUUAUUGUUCCUCAAGCAGAAGAGGAUUCUGCAAUUGAAUGAGGAUGAUCUUUCAGAGCAAGUGGUUCUGCCUUGAUGCCUUGGUUAAUGCGUCUGGGUCUUGUGAAAUCAUUGUUAGGGAACGCGUAUUUGCUUUUCGAAUUUCAAAUUGUACAGCUAGUUCUGUUUAUCCAUUGACUUGAAAUGGAUUUUAAUUAUGUAUAAGGAUUCGCCUUUUCUAUUGUGAAAGUGGGGAUAUUGUGUUAUUGUUGCACUGGGGUUUGUACAAAACAAUAUCGACCUUCUGAUUUUAAUCUAACGACCUUCUCUCGUACUUGGAUUUGAAAGAAUGAUCAAUAAGAUACUCGGGAAGCUUCCUAGGAAGCCGUCAAAGUCAGCUGACCGUGAAUUUGGGAACUCAUCAGCCUCUUACCUAAAUACAACUGGUUCAAGAGCCAGUGAUCUUGUGACUAGUGUACCAUUAAGCUCAAGCAGUUCAUCUCUUCCGGCUCCUGGUGUUGCUUCCAGUGCAGCAUAUGGACAGGGAAAUAAAGUUCCUUCAGUUGAAAACUCAAAAGUGAAUGGUAAUGCGGUAAUUACUCCCUAUGAAGCAUUACCUGGAUUUAGAGAUGUUCCAAAUUCUGAAAAGCAAAACCUGUUUAUUAGAAAACUGAAUUUGUGCUGUGUGAUGUUUGACUUCACGGACUCAACAAAGAAUAUAAAGGAAAAGGAAAUCAAAAGACAGACACUUCUUGAGCUGGUGGAAUAUGUUACCACUGUAAAUGGCAAGUUCCCUGAAAAUGUCAUGCAAGAAGCUCUUAAAAUGGUGUCUGUGAACUUGUUCAGGUCACUUAAUGCUCAGCCCCGGGAGGCCAAGGUUUUAGAAACCUUUGACCUGGAAGAUGAGGAACCACUGGUGGACCCUGCAUGGUCUCACUUGCAGAUUGUGUAUGAAUUUCUUCUUAGAUUUAUCGCAUCUCCAGAAACGGAUGCAAAGCUUGCUAAAAGAUACAUUGAUCAUUCUUUUGUUCUCAGAAUGCUGGAUCUCUUUGAUUCUGAGGAUCCAAGGGAGAGGGAAUAUCUGAAAACUAUCCUACAUCGGACCUAUGGAAAGUUUAUGGUACAUCGUCCAUUUAUUAGGAAAUGUAUCAACAAUAUCUUCUUUCGUUUUAUCUUUGAAACAGAGAAGUUUAAUGGGAUUGCUGAGCUUCUAGAGGUACUGGGUAGUAUAAUUAAUGGCUUUGCUUUGCCACUGAAGGAAGAGCACAAAUUAUUUCUUGUCCGUGCUUUAAUUCCACUUCAUAAACCUAAAUGCUUAGCUAUGUUUCAUCAGCAGUUGUCUUACUGCAUAACACAAUUUGUGGAAAAAGACUGCAAACUUGCAGACACUGUAAUAAGCGGAUUAUUGAAAUACUGGCCAAUCACUAACAGUUCAAAGGAAGUCAUGUUCCUAACUGAGCUAGAGGAAGUCCUAGAAAUCACUCAGCCAGCUGAAUUCCAAAGAUGUAUGGUGCCCCUGUUCCGCAAAAUUUCUUCUUGUUUGAGUAGCUCACACUUCCAGGUGGCAGAAAGGGCAUUGUACUUGUGGAACAGUAAUCACAUUGAGAAUUUAAUCAGACAAAAUCGUAAAGUUAUACUUCCCAUUAUCUUCCCAGCUUUGGAGAAAAGUGGCCAUGCCCACUGGAAUCAGUUGGUCAGGAGCUUGACUCUUAACGUGCGUAAAAUCUUCUGUGAGGUUGAUCCUGAGUUAUUUGAGGAGUGCUUGCGUAAGUUCCAAGAGAAUGAAUCCAAAGUAGAGGCAGGGACGAGAAAACACGAAGCCUCAUGGAAGCGCUUGGAAGAGAUUGCUGCUUUAAAAGCUGCAAGCAGCGAGACGAUUGUUGUCCCUACCACCAUAGCCACCUAGACAUGUCCAAGAUCAUACAAGACAACAUCGUCUUUGGGAGUCUUCUUGCUUGUUUUUACUUGUGUCCUGGCAUCUUUCAUGCGCUUCAGGAUCAGGAGCUUAAACUCUCAUGUCACAUGUCAAUCUCCUGCUAUUCGUUCCUCCACACUCAUUUUUGGAUCAUCUUUGGGCCAGAUUUCUUCUACUUCUAUGGAAGCUUCAGACAAGUCAGUCGAGCUCAGUACUGACUAUUUUGGGUUCAUCAUGGUUAGUACAUCAACUUCUCAAGUUCAGCUCGAUCCAUUAGAUUAUCGGUUUGGGAUGUUAAACUUACUAGAGUGUUAUAUAUAUUUAUAUGCUUAAGCUUAAGUGAACUGAAAUAUAAUUUUCUCAGCAUAAUUUUAUAUUAUGUAAUAUAAUAUAUUUAUGAUUUUAUUUUAUUCUUAAUUGAGCUA